CCUGAUUUGCUUCAUUUCGCCCAUCUUGAUCCUUUCCUUCUUCGACCCCGGUUGGUUUUUAUAAUUCUCGCUCGAUAGCCUUUACAUCCUCCGACUCGACGUCUUGAUCACUUCUCACCUCCCACCACUUACUUCACCAUGCACGCCCAGCAAAUCUUCGUUGCCGCCCUUGUGGCUUUCGGCGCCACCCUUACCCAAGCCAGCCCUAUCGAGGUCCGCGGCCUUGGUGACAUCAAGCUCGGCAGUCUCGGCAGCAUUAGCUGCAACUUGGCACGGGCCAAAAUCGUCGGAGCUUUGUCCGCGGCCAAAUCCGCGGCCAACAGCAUCACCGACGCUACUGUUAAGCAAGCCACGCUCGACGGCAUUAACGCGGCCAACGGUGGUAUUUCCAACAUUGGCAAAGCUCUCGUUGCCGGGACGGCAUCUCCUACCUCGGAGCGCGAGAAGGUGGAGGCCGGCAUUAAGGCGGCUGCCGCGGCUGCCCAAGGCGGCGACCAGACCGACCCCAACGUGGCCGAAGCAACCAAGUCACUUGCGAACGCCGCAAAGGCGGGCCAGGAUGUUCUUGCUCAGUGCAAGUAAGGGGAGCGUGCAGGGCAUGCCGAACCGCGAACCAGCUAGCUACCUACCGUUUAAACGCUACAAAUGAUACCCUUAAGCGAGUCCACACCCGAUGUUAAUUAUUGUUCCUUGUCCCGAUUUGUGCCGUGGGUUUAUUUUAUUUUAUUUUUUUUGCAGCCUGCUCCUUUUGCCGCACUUUACAUUGUCCUCGUC